ACCCUGAACUAGCAGUGAGUGCUAAGUGAAGCUAGCGACAACGUUGAACAAUUUUAAACGUAUUUAAGAUGAGACAGACAUAUUUUUAAUCGUUCUUUUCAGUCAUUCAUACAAAGUAAGCUGGUUUAAAGCCCACUUAAUGCUUCUUUUGACAUUUUAGUUGUCAGUUUAACGUCCUGUUGAAAAGAUAUCUAACUUCAUUUAGCCUUUCUAAGCGCUACAUUAGCUUUCCAGCGUUAUGGACAACAAGCCCCACAAAGCAAUGCGUCCGCACGCGCAACUCGUCACCCGUCAACUUAAGCACGCGUCGCGUUUGUGUGCGUUUCCAUGGAGAGCAGAGGUAAGCACACUCGUUCACAGACACACACAGAGCACCUUAUCUUUAGAGGUAGGUUAUGAUACUGCGUGGAUUUUGUUUCGACAAACUUCGGGUUAUCAGCAGGCCCAUAUAACCGCCGAAAGAAGGAACCCACGCCCUUUAAUGGUAAGUUUAAAACUGUUGAAGAAAAUUAGGCGAUAGGAGGGAAUAAACGUGAAAAAGGGUUACGUUUUAUGUUAUUAGUCUUUGUUUACCACACCGGUCAGUGUACGCCACUUAAGUUAGUUAAUAACAUGUUUUUUAUUUUGCUGAGUCAAAAGGGAAUGACAAUGGCAACACUCGUGGUACUUUAUUAUGUCAUCAUGUAAUCACAUUAGAAGUCGAACUUAAUCUGUUUUUGUCUGUUCAGCUGUUAGGGGAAUAUCCACGCGUGUUUCAUUAAUCGACCUUGAAUAGCCUCCCAUGUCAGGAGGCUCGCAGAGAUGUUAAUUCCCUUUAAAUCCCCCACAACAGAUUGCCAUAUGUUAAAGCUGAGUGCAGGCCAGUUUCUCGACUUGUACGAUCUGCAUUUUAAAAUUGUUUCAGUUUUCAAUUUCUCAAAAUAUCAAACAGCAUUAAAUUACAAAUAAUUUAUUCUUUUCAGUGUGAAAAAUAGAUGAAUAAAAGUGACUUUUUACCUUGUGCACAGAGGGUUGGUGGAGCUAUAACUAUAUAAAAAAAAAGGCUUUGAUGAAUCAUUUGACAUUUACCUGGAUUCACAUAGCUAAAUCCAGUUUGGAUGUCUUUUCUUAGAACGAUUCAUUGACAUAAAUUGUAAUCUUCUUUUGUUUAGCUGUCCUCCGCCUACCCGCAGCAGUAUUCCCUUAAACCUGUAACACAGCAUGUCCAACUUAUUCAUGAUACGUUACCCCUAAACCUGGUUUUGUGUUCAGAUAUCCAAAGAAAUAACAUUGUGAAGAAACAGAACACAGUCUAUUCAUUGAUAUUACCCUUACAUGUGCCUUUUUUGGUGGUUUCACCUUAUCUUUAAAGCUGUUAUGUAUAGAUUUAUACUUGAAAACCUUAAGAUACAUUCUAUGAUUUCACCAACAGCACAAAGUUUCUCAAGCUUUUGUAUAAGAGGCACCCAAUAGUGGGAGACAACCUGGUUUGAAUCUGUCAUGUGAAAGGAUAAACUAGGCUUAAAACAGCUUAAGAGAGGCUACCUAGUUUAUCUUGUCUUAUCCAUGGUAUGCCUGAGACCAACCUGAGAAUAACAGUUUCAUCAAGUCUGGUAAUUGCAAUGUGUUUCAAUUCAGUAUUUUUAUCAAGCUGUUCUCCCUAAUAACUACAUAAAAGUUUCAGCAGUGACCGCUGUGCUGUCAGUCAAAUCCUCUUGCCAGGCAGGUGGAAAGAAGUGUAUGUCGGUUAUCGUGAUGUAACAUCCUAUUUUCAUCCCUCAGGGCCUAAUCUGCCUAGUGCCGGCUGUGUCAUCUCUCUUGGGUUUUCAUUUAGGAGCCUCAUACUAGUGAGGCAAACACCUAAUCUAUUUUGCAGAUGGCAAAAAGAGAAGUGGUCCUUGUCUAAAAACGUAUGCAUGUGAGGAUUCCCAACCUCUGUUAAUGUGAUUUCUUGCAUUGUUUUUAUCUUUUGUUGAUUGUCUUUCAUUUCUUUCCUGAUAGGAUAAUAAAGGCACAUCAUCAACUAAUGGUUGACCGACAUCACCAGGACCUAACCUUUCCAACAAAGGAGUAUUUUCUGCAAGAUGAGUCUUACAUCUGAGGAACUAGUCAGAAUUGUGACACACCGGCUGAGAGAUAAUCACUUCUCUUGGGCAAAGAGCAAUUGACAUCUAAAGGUGAGGAAGCGGGACAAACAAAGACAUUUGAUCAAUGAAAAACGAGCGUGUGUCCGUGUCUCAUUGAUGAAAAAGGAAAGUUAGCAAACUGAUGAAACUACCUGAGAGAUGAUGAACCGCUACACCACCCUGAAGCAGCUGGGUGACGGCACCUAUGGGAGUGUGCUGAUGGGCAGAAGCAACGAGUCUGGAGAGCUGGUGGCUAUCAAGAGGUGGGGACUUUGUUUUUACCAUCAGGGUUUGAGAAUUGUAUGUCUUUGUGAGUGUAUGAUCAUGUUUUAGUAGAAUGACAAUUUUUAGGAUAAGUUUUUGUCAGUAUAGAUCAAAAUGUCUUUGAGAUUUUGAAUGUAGGUCAAUUCUUGCUUUACAAACUUGAUCUGUAAUAUUUCUUUAACUUCUCACAAAAUCAGAACUUUCAUACUUGCAAGAGUUAUUUGUUUUCCUGGCAAACUUCAUCUUACUAAACAUUUAAAGCAGAAGUCUCCUGGCGUCCUUCUAUCACCAGGGCAAACAAACUAGCUAACAUGCCUUUUGUUUGAGCUGCUUGGCAGCAGGGUUCAAUAAUAGAUGAGAAACUGGGGAGAUGCGUCCACUACUCGAUCAUUCGGUUACCAUGCAAGACAAUACAUGUGGUGACGGUGAAAGGGAGUGAAAGUAGAAAGAGUGUGUCAGGUUGCUGACAUCGCAGAAGGAAGGACUAAAACUGGCAGGUGCAGAGAGAGGAGGAAAACAAUAGCUGUUGGCCCCGUAACUCUUACAUAAUUCUAGCCAGAGGGUGAGAAUCAAAAAGGCAUCCUGUGAACCACCUGGUGUAUUGUUAUAAUGUAUGUAGUAACACAUAGGGGAUAAACUGACUUUUACAGCUGUAACUGAAAAUAGAUGUUUUACACUUCACUCAAGGAAAAUAAAACAACAGGAAAGUUUACGCAAUUUAAAAUAUCAGUUUAUAUGACUUUACAAUCUCGAGUUUAUUCGUCCUUUUUCUUAAAAUGAAUGAGCUGAAAUUAGAGACACCCCCAUAAUGCUGAAUUAUUCAUGGAGACACACAGAAGAGUCUUUGAACGAUGGUAGUAUUACUGUAUGUUGAGUGUAAUUUAUACGGCCUGUAAAUUUGAUGUCUGCUCUGGAGGUGAUGUUUCUGUGAUCAUACAUGGACUGAACUUUCUUUACAGAAUGAAGAGGAAGUUUUAUUCAUGGGAGGAGUGUAUGAACUUAAGAGAGGUGAAGGUAAGAUUAAAAAGCCUCCUCCUUUAACACCAUCUCAACGUUCGCCCAAAUACAAAUUUUAUACAUUUCAGCUUCCUUGUUGUUAUCAGCUACUCAACAUAAUUUCCAAAUGUUGGCAUUUCCUGAUCUACAACUGUAAAUACAUGUUUAUUUUUUUCCUCAUAUGAACUCGAUUCUUGUUCCUGCUCCAUGUCUCUCCAGUCUCUGAAGAAGCUGAACCAUGCAAAUGUAGUGAAACUGAAGGAGGUUAUCAGAGAAAACGACCACCUUUACUUCGUCUUUGAAUAUAUGAAGGAGAACCUCUACCAGCUUAUGAAGGACAGGUAAGGAAAGGAACAGAACUUCUAUCCAUGCAGAUGUUUGCUCAGGAGGUUUUAUUUACUGUGCUUUAUUAUGACUGUGGCACAAAGUUACCUCAUGUCAGCAUGAUUUGAUUGACUCUUCAUUAACUCUACCGCACAAUGACUUAAGAUAGUUUAAACUUGACCUACAAUAGCUCGCACUUGACCACAUCCGCCAACAGACUAAUGCCCUCUCUGGGGGUAGACCUAUUGUUUUUCCUAGUAUAGAAAUCCCAAGAUCGUCAUGAGACCUUUUGUGUGGUAGUUACAGCAUUUGAGAAGUUGUUAAAUGUUAAACAUGCAAUGGAGCUUCACUGCUUCACUGGUCAAUUCCUCCCUGACGACUCUAACAACUCACAGUGGUUCCAGCUCAUCCUGUAACACCUCUUUUGCCACUUUAGAUGGCAACACAGACGAGAAACAACCACCAUCGUGCUUUUGAAACAUUCAUAUUUAAAGCGAAUUAUAAAAGGCGUGUAAAUAUUGUGCCUUGAGUGGGUCAUAUGAGAAAGUCUUCUGUGGAUUGUAAAUGUCUAUUUCAUGUUUGCCAGUAAGCGCAGGUGUCCAUUUUCCUGUGGUUGCAUUUCCAGGCUCAUAAAAACUCCUUUUAUUUUUACAGAAUAAAAUUGUUCCCCGAGUCAGUGAUCAGAAACAUAAGCUUUCAGAUUUUACAAGGCCUGGCCUUUAUUCACAAAUAUGGUAGGUGUGCCGUUACCCGAACAUGCCCCGCUAGUGUCAGGGGGUUUGUUGCUCACUGCAAGAUUCAUUGUCGCAUCAAAAAAUGACAAAUGUGGACUGUUUCAAACACGGUCCUUCAACAGUAUGUCAGCCAUAUUGGUAGUGGCAGGUUCACUGAGUAAGCAAAUGCAUUGGAAACAAAUACAUGGAUUGUACUGUACCUUUGCCUUGUAACUUUUAGGCCUCCUGCAGCAUGGAAACUGCUUCCACACAGCACUGAAUUAGGUUUGAAAAGGUGAGGUUAACCCUGUAGAGACAAAGACAACAUUUUUUGUAGAUUAGGUUGGAAGCAACAAUGAAAGGUCAAAUUUAGACCAGUACUUCCAUUCAAGAAAAGUCAGGGGACACGUUUUUACAUGUGCGUCUCUCCAGAAUGCCACUACCAAUAUGGCUGAUCACUGCAGCAUCUAUGUGUAUAUGUCUAUGGUCUUGAUUGUCAAUUUGGAGAUAAGAUAAUCCGAAUCUUGUAGUUUGCAAUCUCUUCAUUACUACCUCAUCUCGCUUGAUGCUCUUCAUUUCUUCAACAAGUGGAUUUGUGGAAGCCAUCAUGUGUCAGUGGCAAGUCUUCAAAUAAAAGAAAAAAUCAUGAAUUAUAUUUGUUCAUGCCAGUGCUCCCACAUCUUCACAGUGCACGUCUUUUUCGGGAUUUCACUUUCUUCUAACUGCUUUCCUUGUACUUGUCUUUUAUUUCUCUUCCUCACUUUUCCAUGGCUUUGUCCUGCUGUCAGAGAAAAUAAGAUGUUCUCUGAAAAUGAAAUUAGAAACAUCUUGUUUCAAGUGCUCUCUGGGUUGGUUUUUGUUCAUAAGCAUGGUAAGAGACCCUUUACUCUUGUUCCGUUUCUGUUUUAAAGUAGCGUGAUGUUUGAGUAGUUGUUUUCUAUGUGUGUUUGUGACGAGUCUUGUGAGCUCUAAAUAACAAUAUGUGCAUUGUGUAUGAAAACACAUAUAGUAUUUACUAUUCAAAAAAGCAUCAGACUUUAACCCAAUGUGGUAAACUUCUCUCAUAUAUAUUGUAUGGAUAGUAUAAUAUGGUUACUAAUUCACCCCUUUUGAGUACUUUUAGAGUUUAUAUUAUUAGAGGCUUUAAUCCUGCCUCUGUUUAAUACACUAUCCAGGUUUUUUUAUAUAUAAAGUUUUAUUAUUAUGUAAUCUAAUAUUUUAAUGUGGGUCUAAAUAACUGUCCGUGUCACAUAAUCUCACUAAAACAGUUUUGCUAAAGGCUAAAGAAACAUUGUUGUGUUUUUUAAAUGUUGAAAAGAACACUCAGGCCUUGACUGGACAGACCUUCAGACCAGGGUCUCAACUAUCUAGAGCAAACACUCAGUCUUUAUUUUCUUUUGCUUUCUGACAUGUACUGUACAACAAAUGCUCUGCAGAUAAAAAUAAUUUGAUUGCACAGUAGUUUGGUUUGGCCUGGCGUAAUAGUGAUACCCUUUCUACAGGUUUCUUUCAUCGAGACAUGAAACCAGAGAAUCUUCUGUGCAUGGGUCCAGAACUGGUCAAAAUAGCAGAUUUUGGACUGGCCAGAGAGAUCCGCUCUAAACCUCCCUACACAGACUAUGUGUCGACUAGAUGGUAAGAGUAAAAACAAGGUUUUGACUCUAAUCCAAAACCCUGAAGAGAGCCUAUGUAUCAUGACGUGAUGUUUUAAAAUCCUGUAACUGCACAGUAAGAGUCGUUGGCAGGUUUAUUUAAGUCUGUUUUUUCUUCCAGGUACCGAGCUCCAGAGGUUCUGCUCAGGUCGUCCACCUACAGCUCUCCUAUUGACUUGUGGGCCGUGGGCUGCAUCAUGGCUGAACUUUACACUCUCAGACCUCUUUUCCCGGGAAACAGUGAAGUGGACGAGAUCUUCAAGAUCUGCCAAGUGCUCGGCACAGUCAAAAAGGUGAGGAGAAACUGAGGAGGACGGUAGAAAUAACUGACCCUUUACCUGGAUUUAAUCAUAGUUUCCCCAAAAUAUUUUGGAUGGUAAUAUCUCUAAAAAUAUCAUUAAGCGUAUUUAACAAAAACCCAUCCACAAAUAUGUUUGUAUUUAAAUUAAUUCAAAGUCAAUUUUACCAAAGUAGCUUUAAAAGUAAGAAACAACAGGAUCAAUUUCCAAAUACUUAUUUCAUCUGAAGAAAGAUGAAUGAAUGAUAUAAUCAAUCACUCAUUAUCUCCUUCUUUAGGCGGACUGGCCAGAGGGCUACCACCUCGCUUCUGCUAUGAACUUUCGAUUCCCCCAGUGUGUGCCGACCCCCCUGAAGACCCUCAUCCCAAAUGCCAGCAAUGAGGCCAUCAUUUUGAUGAGGGACCUGCUGCAGUGGGAUCCAAAAAAGAGACCGACUGCUGUACAGGUGAGAAAGGAGCACAAAUGCGCAACAAUUCCCGUCCCAGAACAACACACACCUCUCCAUGCAGAUUAUAUGUAGUUCCAGUCCUGAGAUUGAAUCAGCGCUCUAAUCCAUAUAAGUAGAUCUUCAGACUCGCACACCCCUGCUUAUCUUUCUGAGUUCCACCUGUGCUGCUGCACUCUCUGUGUGUUUAUUAUGUUCAUCAGAGGUUAGCACAUAGUUAAAUAUAAUUUACACUCAAGUGACAAGCUUGGAUUGCUCUGUGGGCCCAGAGUAGGCAACACCUUUCCAACUGGAGUGACGGUGUUUUUCCGUUCUCAAUUUACUCAGCUCCCAGGUGAUUGGUGCACGACUUACUUUCAACUUACUUGCCAAGAACUUUUGGAUUCAUGUCGUAAUGAAUCAGCAGAAUUAGUUAUAUUAAUGAAAUACAAUUUAUUUCACAAAUCUUACUGUCCUGCUUCAGAUCUUAGCAGGCAAGUGAUAUCAUAGACACCAAAGUGUUAUUUAUGACAUUUUUUGAAGUGAUCUGAACUGUGCCAUAAGAGCAAGAAUGUUUUCUAAAUAGUCUUUACUCUAUUUUUUUAGGCUCUGCGUUAUCCAUACUUCCAAGUGGGACAAAUUUUAGGACCACGUCCUCAGAGCCAGGAAAUCAAGAAGGUGCAGGCCAGGACGCAGGCCCAGAGACAGGUAUCGGAGUCAAAGACUGAUACCCAGCACUCCUCCUCUGAGUCCAAAGCCUCCACAACCUCCUCCAAGAACUAUCAGCAGCAUCAGCCUCUUCAGCAGAUCCCCCUUCCACAAAAUGAGAGUAAACCAGGAGGUCUCGGCCACGCAGUGAGUGUUCAUAACAGUAUCAUAAAUGUGAAGUUGGUAUAAUGGGUAUAAUCAAUUCAGACACAGCCGUUAAUGUGGACUUAAAAAUGUUAUAUCCUCUGUAGAAAACAGGAUCGCUAGGCAAUGAGAACAGCGUUGGUGGGAUUGGUGUGCUGAAGAGUGGCCGUCGUCGCUGGGGCCAGACGUUAGCCAGGGCCUCAGACAGUUGGGAAGAAUCCGACCCCUCAGAAACGUCCGCCUCCAACUCCAAGAAACCCAGCCUGGGGAACGCAGAGGAGGAGAGGGGCCCUAUGGAGCAACGCCCACAGUAAGCUCUAUAAUGUCUUCACAGAUCUGCUGUAAAAGUGAGCACUGGUGCAUUGUUUUUACUCGACUGUGGGAGACUCAAAUUUUAUCACUGUUUCAUCAAUAUUAUACAUGCAUGAUUAAAAUGAUAGGAUGCAAUAUUUAAAGUAUGACACCAAUCGUAACUAUCUGCUUUUUGUUGCAGACCCAAGGAGCAGAAACCUCUGUAUUCUUACAGCACAGUGACGAAGCUACCCAACAACAUCAAGGCUAGCCAUCUCCCAGACUCCAGUCUUCCAGGAUCAGCUGCACGGCAGCACUAUCUGAGCCAGUCACGAUACUUGCCUGGUAAGACUGCAUGACUUUAAACCUGGUUAGGUCUGUUGUCAUAUCGUCCAUUUUUAUCAACUUUAUAACUUCUUGACUCAAGGGUUGAUCAGCAAAAAUCAGAGUUCUUCUGGAGAAAAAGACAUGAGCGGGAUGACACUGAGGGACCUUUGGGAGAACUCCUCCAACACUGGCAACAAACCACUAGCUCCUAUUGGAGCCAGAGUCAAUGCAGGUAAGGAUCGAUGGCUUAUGUAGAGGUGUUAAGAGGCUUGGUGCUCAGGUCCAAGAUCUCUCUAACUUGAGUCCAAAUGACACUUACACACAGAACCCUUGAAAACUUAUUGGAUGUGCUGCAUGUUUGAACACCAACAGAUACAUUUUUGCCUUGAUUUUGUCUCUCGAAUCGGCCUCCUGGUAUAAUCCCUGCCAGAGUGACAGUAACUUUUAAAGCCUCGCAGUCAUCUUGUUACUGUUCAUAACUUUUCUUAACCUUAUCUGCAGUGAAUUUAUUUUACUGAUUUACUGUGAUUAUUUGAACCUUUGUUAAAAAAAGAGAAUUGUCUAUAUAAAGUCUUGUUUGUCCACUGGGGACUUUAAUUCCAAAUGCAGAGAAAUAAUUAAUGGUUACACCGUGACCGUUCUUGUCGACUCCUUUUACCAGGCAGUGUAAACCAGGUCUCUGUCAGUGUCGUUGACUGUUACAUAAUAGGACACCGCACUCUUUGUGAUCAGCUCAGGAUGCUAAUGAUGCAACUAAUGUCUCCUGAUCGGUAUUUAUGGAUAGUUGCCAGCGCGGCGUUGGGAGUGAGCCAGAGUGUCUGCGACUUUAGAGCCGGGAGACCUCCCUGCUGUGUUCCCUCCUUACCUCUGUUCUUCUGCCUUUCUUUCAACUCUCUCCAUCCCUGUUUCUUAUUCAUGACAGCCGGUGUUAGAUCAAGUGUUCCCUAAAUGGCCCUUAACUGCCACCCCCCUGCUCAUUUGUCCGAUCGUGAAGCACAAACAACAACACCCAUGUUUGUUUUGAUAAUGCUCACUUACUACCCAUGAAUAUAGUUUGUCAUUGAGGUCAAGACAAACAUGUUUAAGCUUAAAGCAUCAAUCAGGUAUGCAUAUAUUGUCCUCAAUCUUUGUCUUUUUUUCUUUUCUUUCUUUCUAAAUGCAUGCCUCCUUUCCAACUCUUCUAUUUCUGGGAACACUAGAAGAAAACACGGUGGAUAGCCCACAAGAGAAAGCAAUUAUUAAAGAAAGAGUACUUGAGAAAAUCGAUCUCUCCAAAGGUAUUUCAUCAAGAUGAUAUUCCAUAAACUGUUUUGUUGUAUUACACAGUUGAAAGCAAUGAAAUUAACCUCAAUGUCUCUGUCUCUGUUACUGUAAGCCGCUUGUGAUGCUAAAGUACCUUUGUGUAUUAACAUUGUAGUUAGUGUGCUGGUGAUGCAACGAGCUUUAGGUAUUCAUCCGGAGGCUUAACAUGUGAAAGAAACGAGCUGCUAAAAGGCUCCGCAGGAGACACGAGGACAAAUACACAGUUAAAGCAAAGAACUAAAAGCUCCAGUUGCUAAAUAGGUGGUAAACUGCACUACAACCACAACGUCUUCAUAAAGGAACAAUGAGCCUUUUCUCUAAUUAUACUGAUAAGCAUCUGUGGCCGCUGGAGAAGCAGACUGAUGGUGUCGCUGGAAAAGUUGAAAGGCUUCAAUUACUUUAGCUUAGUCAUUUGUGUGCGUCGUUGCAUAUGCAGAAGCUACUUCACGCUCCUAAACACAUUUGUUUAAUAUCAUCACACGUGCUUGAUCAUUUAUUAGUUAUUACCUGACUCAAGUUUGUAAUUAUUUAGGCUGUUUCAAAGUCACGUGAACACUUUUCUUGUCUUCCAGGGAACUUUGUAAGCACCAAGUACAACCUAUCUGGAGGUUACAUACCUUCAUUUCAAAAGAAAGAGGUGGGCUCAGUGGGACAGAGAAUCCAGCUCGCCCCUUUGGCUGGCCAGCAUACAAGUAAGAUUUUUAUUCAUUGGCGUUCAACGCUGCAUGAGAUUCAGCUCCUGUUUUAGUGUUUUAUGGUUUGUUUUUAGUUAUUUGUUUCUCUUGUUUUUAAAUUAAAAACAUUGAAACUAUAUUUUACUUUUGAAUAUCUGCUUUUAUUUCAUCCAUUGUUUUAGUUGUUUUUUUAUGUCUGCGUUGUUUUGUCUAUUUAUGUACAGCACUUUGUUCAGCUGUGGUUUUUUUAAAGUGCUUUACAAAUAAAGUUGAGUUGAGUUUAGUUGAAUUUCAUUCCCUCUGUUUAAGACGAUUUAAGGAUUCUUUCAGUUCACAUCACCUCCUCUCACUUCUGCUCUCUUCCUCACUUUUCUGAACUACUUUUUUCUAUUCAGUGUUUAAAUUUCUCACGUUUUAACAUCUCCAAUUCUAUCUCCUACUCACUGGGGCUGUACAUUUUCUCUUUCUUCACUCUUUCAGCCAAUUUUUCCUCUUCUCCUGACAAUAAAAGAGACAAUCCAAAAUCUGCAAAGUCCAAGCCUGUCUCCAACUCAUCUUUGAGUGAAUCUAAUGAAGGUAUUUUCUGUCUAAUAGUCGCUAUUUGUUCAUUCUUUUCUUACCAGGCUCAUCUUUUCUUUUCAAGCUUAAACAUUUCGUCAAAUACUGUUGAGAAAGUGUGUGUGAAACUGACUGACUCAUGUUCCUACAGAUUUCGAUAACUGGAAGAGGAGAGCAGACAGGACUCACAUGAAGGGGAGCAGCUACUCAGCCCUGGCAAAAAACUCUGGGAAUAUCCUGUCCAGAGCCCCGGCCGUCCAGCCUGUCCACGGUAGGGUGGACUGGACCUCGAAAUAUGGUGGCAAUCGGUAGUCCACAAAUAAAGAGGACCAGCUUCUACUGGAUAUUGGACUGUUCCGAAAUUAGAUAGAAAUACAGAAAGUAGAUAGAAAGUAAUGUUACUAAAGCGGUACAUGACAUACGGUGUGUCUUUAGAGGAGACGAUUCCCAUGCCACUGUUGCGUGAUUUGUUUCCAGAGUCUCAAACAUGUUUGUUCCUGCUGGAUGACAGUUGCCAUGAUGUUGAACCAAGACUGACAAUGUCUGCGAGACAAUCCCACUGAGUCCUUUAGGAUCCAGUGUAGGGCCAAUUCUACUGUUAGUGUUGGGAUAUUCUAAGUAGAUGAUAAAUGUAACUCAGCUCUUACAGCUCUCAUUGUUGAGUAUUAUUUUACUGCUGAUAACAAAGCAUAAAAAGUCAUUUAUUUACACUCGUUCUCUAAGAAUCCUUCAUUGUAAUGAUAAAAACAAUAUCUAUGACUUUAGCUGACUCUGCUUCACCCAACUCUGCCCUACUUUGUAUCAUACAAUGAAUAAAGUGGACAUUUUGUAAAACUUUUAUACAAAUAAACGUUAAAAAUCU